AUGGCCAGCCACCACAAGUUAUAUCUCGCCUUUGACAACAAACUGUUCUUUGCGCCACUGCGCAACCCGCAAAAGGUUCUAGACGUAGGCACAGGAACAGGCAUUUGGGCCACUGAUUUCGCAACCGAGUUCCCCGAAGCCGAGGUAAUCGGGACUGAUCUCUCGCCGACGCUGCCUAACUGGGUGCCGCCAAACUGCGUCUUUGAACUGGACGAUGCAUCGCAGGAGUGGACAUUCCCAGACAACACCUUCGAUUACAUACAUAUCCGCUUCAUGGCAGGAUGCUUCAAAGACUGGACAAGGUUGUACAGUGAAUGCUUUCGGUGUCUCAAGCCAGGCGGCUGGCUGGAGCACCAAGAAUGCGGAUUCCGAGUCGUAUCAGACGACGGGUCCCUGCCGCCUGAUAACGCCUUCAACGAGGCGGCAGAUCUAUUUGCCGAGACGGGCAGGAGGUCAGGCCACACUACUGAAGUAAUCGACGACGACAAUUGGAUCAGGUGGAUGGAGGACGCUGGGUUCCGCGAUGUGCAGAAAAAGGCUAUCAAGACGCCCAUGGGUGAGUGGCCGGCGGAUAAAAAGUGGAAGGAGGUAGGGCUGUUCAAUAGAAUAACUACCGAGACGGCGCUGGAAGGCUACUUUCUGUACAAGUUGACCCGGGUCAUGGAUUGGGAGUAUGCCGAGGUGCAGUCGUGGCUGGCAAGAGUCCGUGAGGCGUUGAGGAAUAAGGCUUACCAUGGCUAUUCUACGUGGUGA